AUGUUGGCUAGAGCAUUUGCACGAUCUGCGAGACUCACUCGUCCUACCGUUAUGCGCCGUGGCGGCGGUGGUGCUCCCGAAGUCAAUGAGCCUGGAGGUUAUCUCUUCAACGAAAAGACUCGUGUCAAGGAGGAGUGGGAAAGCAUUUACAACUGGGGCAUGGGCGGUGGUUUCUUCCUCAUGGCUGUUGCUUUGUAUUACAAGCCUGAUACCAGCGUUGUCUCCUGGGCUACCAAGGAAGCUGAAAAGUCUUUGAAGGAAAAGGGUGUCAAGCUUGAUUUUGAAAAGACUGCUUAA